UCAAGGCUUCCGUCGCCUUUUCAAGUUGCUAAAAUGGCGAAAAUAAAAAAGAAGGGAACCUCCGGAGCGGCCAAAAAUUAUAUCACCAGAACUCAAGCGGUGCGCAAGCUUCAGAUCUCACUACCUGACUUCCGCCGACUAUGUAUCUUUAAAGGUAUCUAUCCUCGCGAGCCGCGAAACAAGAAGAAAGCAUCCAAAACCUCGGCCCCGAGCACGACGUUCUACUACACGCGAGAUAUUCAAUAUUUGCUCCACGAACCUCUUCUCAAGAAGUUUAGGGACCAAAAGGCUCUUUCAAAAAAGAUUGCCAGGUCCCUAGGACGUGGAGAUGUGGGCGAUGCUGCUCGGUUGGAAAGGAACAAUGCUCCGAAAAUCACGCUAGAUCAUAUUGUGAAAGAACGCUAUCCAACUUUCAUCGAUGCUCUCCGGGAUCUCGACGAUGCUUUAUCGUUGCUCUUCCUGUUCGCUAACUUACCUUCGACGGCCAAUGUCCCACCCAAAACAAUUGCCUUGUGCCAGCGACUAUGCCACGAGUUCCAACACUAUCUUAUCGCCACAAAUUCCGUCAGAAAAUCCUUCUUGUCCAUUAAGGGCAUAUAUUAUCAGGCGACAAUUCAAGGGCAAGAUAUUUUGUGGCUGGUACCGUAUCGAUUCGUUCAACAAGUCACGGGGGAUGUGGAUUACAGAAUUAUGGCUACGUUUGUUGAGUUUUACACCACGCUUCUCGGCUUCGUUAAUUUCCGUCUAUACACUUCGAUUGGAUUGGUAUACCCUCCAAAGUUUGACUCGAGGAGCGAUGAACGCGGUGCCGAGCUGGCCGCUUUCACCCUCGAGGGCAGAAAAGUUGGUGAAAUGCAGAAGGCUAUAUCAUCCGAGCCGCAAACAAAUGGACAGCUAGCGAAAAGUGAUUCAGCUGCGAAUGACAUUCAGGCCAAAGUUGAUAAUAUUCUCAAGGAAACGACCCUCAACAAUGAGCCUGAUGAUGAAGCGGUCGAUGUGGAGGAUAACGUCGAUGCAAUCGAUAAGUUCAAAACAACAGCGGCAGAGGCUGAUACUCUGCCACAGCCACAAAUGAGUGGGAAUGAGGUGGCUUCUUUGUUCGCUUCUUUCACUUUCUUCAUCUCUAGAGAAGCACCACGGGGACCUUUGGAAUUUUUGCUGAGAGCAUUCGGAUGCAAGCGAGUUGGCUGGGAUGCGGUCCUAGGUGAAGGAGCCUUCACACAUGACGAAACAGACCCUCGAAUAACACAUCAAAUCGUCGACAGGCCCCCUCUUCCUGAGUCUGCUCUCCCCCCUUUGCCCCAAAAUCCCGGCGAAGGGGCCGAAACGGCGCCGAGAGUACGACCUGGAACAAGGAUACCCGGCAGAACGUACAUACAACCGCAGUGGGUUUGGGACUGUGUAAAUGAAGGCAAGCUUUUAAGACCCGAUCUUUAUGCUCCCGGUGCCACGCUUCCUCCACAUCUCAGUCCUUGGGUCAAAGCUUCUAAGGGGGAAUACGAUCCUCGUCUCAGUUUAGCAGAACAAGAAAGUGAUGGCGAGGCCGAAAGACAAGCUGAAGAGGAGAAUGAGGAAGAAGAGUCCGAGGUCGAAGGCCUCUCCAUGGACAAGGAGAUGGUGGAAACAGAAAAUUCGGAGGCUGGCGAGUCGGAUGAAGAAUCUGUUGAUGGUGGUAUGGAUGUGGAUAUCCCCGGCUCUGAUGACGAGGAGGAAAGUGAAGAGGACAAUGCGCUUCGAGAGCUUGGUGGCUCGGAUGAAGCGGCGGAUGUUCAGUCUGAGUCAGAGGACGACGAGGAAGCCGCACGGAAUCAACACCAAAUGGAACUUGAAGCUGAAGCCGCAGGACUUCCAUUCACAGGGGCAGACGGCACUGGAACUUCUUCUAAAAAAUCAAAGAAACAGAAACCCCUGGCUAAGAAACAUGCAGCUCAGAAGAAGAAGGAACAGGAAGAACUUGAGCGUCAAAAGAUGAUGAUGAGUCGCAAGAAGCGGAAGUUGCUCGACAAGAUGUUGUACUCUAACAAGAAAAAGGAUGAAGAAGCAGAGAAGCUAAGGCGGAAGAGGAGAAAGAUUGAACAGGGAACGAAAGGCCGAUAAAGAAGUGUCUGAGGAAUCUAGUUUAUGAUACCUCGGAUUCGGAUUACAUAGCUGCUCUUCCAGAUUAGAAAAGCUCGUUGAGGCGUCAUUAGUGGUU